AUGGAAGGUUCCGAUGCUCCAUUGUCUAAGAAUGAGCUCAAACGACGAUUAAAAGCUGAACAAAAAGCUAAGGAAAAAUUGGAAAAAGAAGCGGCUGCUCAGAAAAAAUUGCCAGCAGUGAAGAAAGAAAGUGAUUUGUCUGCUGCUACUAAAUCUGCUGACAUUAGUCCUAAUGAGUUCUUCAGCUUACGUCUACAAACCAUUGCUCAAAUGAAAAAGGAUGGCGAGGAACCAUAUCCUCAUAAAUUCAAUGUAACUAUAUCAUUAGAAGAGUUCAUUGAAAAGUUCAGUUCUUUGGCUGAGACUCAAAUUUUACACGAUGAAAAAUAUAGUGUCGCGGGUCGAGUUCAUGCUAUUCGCGAAUCUGGUCCUAAACUGAUUUUUUAUGAUCUACGUGGUGAAGGUGUUAAAAUUCAAGUGAUGGCAAAUGCUAAACAGUAUACUACCGAAGAAAGUUUCAUCUCAGACACAUCAAAAAUCCGGCGAGGUGAUAUAAUUGGUGUUACGGGUAGUCCAGGCAAAACAAAAAAAGGGGAGUUGUCAAUCUUCCCUAAAAACAUAAAACUGCUGACUCCAUGUUUACACAUGUUACCUCAUAUGCACUACGGUCUAAAAGAUAAGGAAACUAGAUAUAGACAACGCUAUUUAGACUUGAUCAUCAAUGAACAUGUGCGUAACAAAUUCAUUGUAAGAGCAAAAGUGAUUUCCUAUGUUCGCCGGUUCUUAGACAAUUUAGGAUUCCUUGAAAUUGAAACUCCUAUGAUGAAUAUGAUUGCUGGUGGGGCAACUGCAAAACCAUUUAUCACCCAUCAUAAUGAUUUGAAUAUGGAUUUGUUUAUGAGAGUGGCUCCAGAACUUUAUCAUAAAAUGCUUGUUGUUGGUGGUAUUGACCGUGUGUAUGAAAUUGGCAGACAAUUUCGUAAUGAAGCGAUAGAUUUGACACACAAUCCUGAAUUCACUACAUGUGAAUUUUAUAUGGCAUAUGCAGAUUACAAUGAUCUUAUGCAAAUUACAGAAGAUCUUUUAUCUGGUCUUGUAAAAAGUAUUUAUGGCACAUAUAAAAUAAAAUAUCAUCCUGAUGGUGUGGAUGCCAACACUGAAGCAGUAGAAAUAGACUUUACUCCACCAUUUAAAAGGAUGUACAUGUUCCCGGCCUUGGAAGAAAUUCUUUCAGUUAAGCUUCCUAAUCCUACUGAACUAGCUACAGUUGAAGCAAAUAAGUUACUUGACAAUCUUUGCUUAAAACAUGAAAUUGAAUGCCCGCCACCUAGAACUUCAGCCAGACUAUUAGAUAAACUUGUAGGUGAAUUUCUUGAAGAAAAAUGUAUAAACCCAACAUUUAUUUGUGACCAUCCACAAGUAAUGUCACCUUUAGCUAAAUGGCACCGUUCCAUACCUGGUUUAACAGAGCGAUUUGAAUUAUUUGUUAUGAAAAAAGAAGUAUGCAAUGCUUAUACAGAAUUGAAUGAUCCUAUGAUUCAGAGAGAGCGGUUUGAGCAACAAGCAAAGGAUAAAGCAGCUGGUGACGAUGAAGCCCAAUUGAUAGAUGAAAACUUCUGUACAUCAUUAGAAUAUGGCUUACCUCCUACAGCUGGUUGGGGACUUGGUAUUGAUCGUUUAACCAUGUUCUUAACAGAUUCUAAUAAUAUUAAAGAAGUAUUAUUUUUCCCAGCAAUGAAACCAGAUGAUCCAAAUAAAAAUAAAGAAGAAAAGAAUGAAGAUGAAAAAUCUGCAAUUUAA